AUGACGGAGUACGCGGACUGCACGCAGGUGUCGAAGAAGGCGCUGGAGUUUCGCCAGCAGUUCUACCAGAUGCUCGACGACCCUAAGAGACGACCGGAGAUCGUCAACUUGUACGCCCCCGCCACGCCGCUCUUGUGCGAGUGGAACGGCCACUCGCUGCCGGACACAGGCGCAAUUGCGACGUACCUCAGCGGCCUGCCCAAAACUAACCACAAGAUUGACUGCGUUGAUGCGCAGCCGCUGCCUGGCAACGAGCAAGCGGACUCGUUUCUCAUGACAGUUCACGGCACCGUCGUGUACGACGAUGAGCACAAGCGGGAGUUUUUCCAGCGUCUCGUGGUUCGCAAGGUGGAUGGGCGCUACUACAUUGUCAACGACUACUACCGUUGGCUCAGCGAGAAGGACUGA